AUGAAUGGCUUAACAUUGACCUUCCAAAACCUUAAUUACAUAGUAAAUCAAACAAAAACUAGUAAAUCUUAAAGAAGAAUGAUCCUAAAUAAUAUCUCUGGAAUUUGUCCUGCUGGUAAAGUGACUGCAAUCCUUGGAGCAUCAGGAGCAGGAAAAACUUCUCUACUUAAUAUUUUAGCGAAAAGAAUUUCUACUAAAAGCAAUGUUGAAAUAAGCGGAGAUAUAUUGGCAAAUGGUAAUAAUUACGAUGCUGAAAAAUUUGCUAGAUUUUCUGGCUAUGUUAUGUAAAACGAUAUCCUUUUUGGCACUUUAACAGUCAAAGAGACUUUAGAGUUUGUUGCAACUCUGAAAUAUACUGAUGAGAAUGAGAAAAAUUAAAAAGUUUAUUAAGUAAUUUAGGCAUUGAAAUUAGAAAAAUGUCAACAUACGUUAAUCGGUAAUGAAAUGAUAAAGGGAAUAUCGGGAGGAGAAAGAAAAAGAACAUCAAUUGGAGUUGAAUUAGUGAGAGAGCCAUAAUGCAUUUUAUUAGACGAACCUACUUCAGGAUUGGAUUCAUUUACUGCUUUUGUCAUUAUAAAUCUUUUAAAAUAGUUAUCAGUAGUUUCUAAACGAACAAUAAUCUUCACUAUACAUCAACCAAGUUCUGAUAUUUAUUUAUUAUUUGAUCAAAUAUUUUUGCUUGCAAAAGGAAAAUUUGUUUAUCAAGGUUAAAGAGAUAGAAUGAUUGAAUAUUUUUAGUCCAUCGGAUUUGAUUGCCCAAAACAUGCCAAUCCUUUGGACCACUUUAUAUCAAUAAUGUAGAAUGAUUAAGAUGAAUCAUUAGACCUUUAAGAUUUAUUUAGAGAAUAUGAGAAUUAAAUAUUACCUAUUAUUGAAUCACAAUUAUCAAGAAUUUAACCUACUUAAAUCCAAAAAGAAUUAUAUUAAGCUAGUUUAAAAUAACAAGUGACUCAGAUCUUCAAACGUGGUAUUAUAAACGUAAAAAGAGAUAGAGUUUUAGUAAAAGGUAGAAUAAUAAUUUCAGUAUUCCUUGGAUUAUUGAUUGGAGGUAUAUUUUGGGAUGCUGCAAAUAAGCCUGGGUUUAAGGGUACUUAAAGUACAACAGGAGGGCUAUUCUUUCUUGUUAUAAGUAAUUUUAUGUAAGCAUUGAAUGCUGUUAUUAUUCAAUUCCCAGCAGAAAGAGAUGUAUUUUUAAGAGAAGAAAAUUCAAAGCUUUAUUCAACAUUUGCAUAUUUUGUUGGAAAGAGUUCCAUAGAAAUACCGUUCUUGAUACUAUUUCCAAUUAUCUAGUAGCUGAUUGGUUAUUGGAUGAUAGGCCUAAAUGACUAAUCUGCCAGUACCGUUGUAAUCCAUAUUUUUGUGUGUAUAUUGUUAGGUAUAACUGGAAAUAGCAUGGGGUUAAUGGUUGGAUCUAUGUUAUAGGAUUCUAAGAAUGCAUCUGGAAUUAUUCCUAUGGUUUUGAUGCCGCUUAUAGCCUUCUCUGGCUUUUUUGCCAAUUAAUCCUUAUUUAUGAAUUGGAUAAGUUGGGUGUAAUAUUUAAGUCCAUUGAAGUAUGCAUUUGAAGCACUAAUAUAUGAUGAGUAUGAUACCAGAAGAGAUGAAUUUUCAGGAAUAAAAAUAGAAGAUUUGAAUCCAAUAGAAAAAUUCUCUUUGGAUUUCGGAUUAUGGAAUAGCAUUUAUGUUUUGAUCACAUUCCCAAUACUUUUUCGAUUUUUAUCACUAAUAUUUUUAUAUUUGGGAAAAUCAAAGUAGUAAUGA